AUGAUCAGCCCAAGCCGCGAGGGAAGCAGGCUUGCCAGGCGAGCCCGCUGCGACUUCAACGAUGCGGCGGGCGCCUUGAAUUGGCUUGCGAACCGGCAGGACACCGGCGCCAAGCCGAAUUUUGACCAGCAGAGGGUGCACGCGCGGAUCAUCGACCUCGUGGCGGACAGCAUGCCGCCCUUGGAGACCGCGAUCCCCUCGCCGCGGGCGGCCUUCAACGAGCUGCUGCACGGCCGGGGUGUCUACGACGAGUCGGCCGGACGGAACAUCGGGCGUCUUCGCAACGUGGGGCAGAUAUCCUUGCCUAAGACCGCGGUGGAGGGACCGCGGCUGAUUCAGAUCGCACCUGCCCAUGCACGCCAGCACCUCGAGGACGGUUCUUCUCGGAUGCUCGUGCCAAGCGACGAAUUUGAUCAUCGACUCGAUAGUUGCGAUGUGAUCCCGCACUGGGAUCCCUCUCUUGCGCGCAACAGGAGGCUGCACAUGCGAUUCAUCAGGCUGCUCAGACCGAAGGGGAUGUUUGUCUUCCUAGACGAGUCCGAGCGGCGCGAGGAGGUCGGAGUUUCCGCUGCCAAGAAGAGCGACCAGCUCCGCAUGAUCCUGUCGGGCUACUUCUGCACGCGGCCGGUGCUCGCCGGAGAGGUGGGGCUGGCCGGCACCGGGCUGGGCGGCCGUCGUCUGGAGGCCGACGCCCGGCUGGUGCCGGCCUGCGCUGCGCUGCCCAUGGGCUUCACCUGGUCGCUGUUCUUCUGCCAGGAAGCGGGGGGGUCGAUGAUGAGCGACACUCCCGAGCUUGCAGGGGUCCCCCAGAUAAGUGACCGGGGCCCCACCGCGGUGCUGCAGCCGGCCAGGCCGUUGGACCAUGGCGGAGGAGCGCAGUACACCUACGUCGACAACCUGGGCGUCAUGGGCUUUGACGCCGCCGCGGUGGCGGACUGCCUGGGCGCCACCACGACCCGGUUCAAUCAGGCCGGGCUCGCGCUGAGCACUCGCCUCACGGCGAAGCGCUACUGGCGGGUGAGGCAAGGGCUCAGCUGGGCCCUCAGCUGCCGGGCUCUUCCUGGCUGGGCUCGGGAGGUGGUGAUCGGGCAUUACACGUACUGCGCCAUGUGCAACCGCGACUUGCUGCCUGCGUUCACCGCCGUCUACAAGUUCAUCGCUGCGAACUACAGCCAGGGCGCCGCGCUGUGGGCUAGCGCCCGCGCGGAGCUCGUGGCCUUUCGAGGGCUGAUGCCGCUGCUGCGUGGCGACUGGGCCCUCCCCUGGAGCGAGUUGGCGUGCCUGUCCGACGCCUCGGAGCAUGGGAGCGAUCGCUUCCGGCGCCUGGGCGGCCACUCGGCGCGUGCCCACUUCUUCGCCGUGAAUAGGAAUGCCAUGACCCUCGGCGGGGCUCUCAAGCCGGUGUCCGAGCUGGAAGAGGGAGACGCCGUCGCGGGCGAUGCCGAGUGGGGUGUGAAUCCAGCUUUCGAGGAGAUGCCGGCGGGGAUCUUCAUGGGCGCCCUCUGGGCUGUGGCGCUAUGCCUGGCCCUGAACAAGCGGCUGCAUGCACGGUGGGUUCCCAGCGAGCUCAACCCAAAGCACAUGAGCAUCAUCAUAAAGCACAUGAGCGCCAUCGUACAGCACAUGAAGCGGAACAUCAUCGAGCACAUGAAGCAGAGCAUCACAGAGCACAUGAACCGCGGCCUCUUCGGGCCCAUGGCGCAGGACUUCCAGCAGCAGCCACAACUAGCAGAGCACCGUGGCCACGCUCGGCUCGAAGCACUUCUCCUGCGGCAGGGGCCGUGGCAGCUCCCGCCGCAGGCGCCCAGGGCUCGGCGCGCGCUGAUGAGUCAGCGCCAGCGGCGGCUGCGGCCAGACAGCGACGACGGCGCGCCCGCGCCCGAGAGGCCCGAGCGGCGUGCCGAACGCUCGCGGGCCUUGUCGCCGAGCGUGCUGCCCCCGCCGCUGGCCCCUCCGCCGGGGGCAGCCUCCGCGCUGCAGCGGCGCCGGGCGCUGGGGCCUCCGCUGGGCCUGGCGGCGCGGCUGCUGAGGCCGCCGCCGAUCGCGCGGGCAGAGGGCAAGGAGAGCGGCGCCACGACCGACCCAGAGGACGAGAAGAAGGCGUCAAGCCGGCUCGUCGUGGACAGCGAGGUGGACGCUGCACUCGUGCACUACAUAAACGGGCUGUUCAAGGAAAAGCAUGGGGAGAACCGUGGCGAUGUCCUGCUGUCUGCACUCCUGCACUUCCAGCCACAGUAUGGCAAGCUUGGCAGCUGGCGCCUCCCCCGGGCCUGGCGCGCCCUGAAAGGGUGGCGACGCCGUUGUGGGAGGCGCUCACGCAAUCCCGUCGUGAGGACGAUUUGGCCAGCGGUGACCUGGGACCUUUGUUGCAGGGGGCUCAAGCUGAUGGGGCCCCACGUGGCCGGGAACAUCGUGACGCAUCGCAGGCCCAGCGAGCCCUUGACCACCCAGCGCCGCGACCUGGUCAAGCCAGUGAAGGGCGGCGCGGACGAGUGGUCGGGGAUCUUGUUCCCAGGCAGCCGCGCCGCCCCCCGCAGGAACGAGAUGCAGGACGAGGGCAUGAGCCUGGCCAACAAGCUGCACCCAUGGCUGCCGCGAGUGGUCUCAUCGCUUGCGCCAGGUGCCCCAGAGUCCAGGCUGUCCCCGCACAGCUAUCCAGAGCUUGUGGCCGAGUUCAACCGCACACAAGCGAGGCUGGGGCACCGCUCGCUGGUACUCUACCAGGGGCGCCACUCGGGGGCGUCGCUGGACCUGCAAGGACGCCACCGCGACCACCUCGAGUUCAAGAAACAAGGAGGGUGGCAGUGCGAGUCGUCCCUGAAGCGGUACGAGAACGCUGCCAGAUCGAACCCGUCCGCCUCGAAGCUGAUGCCUGCCCACGCGGCCCAGUUCAAGAAGGCCGACGCCCAGCUCGAGGCGCUCUCCUUCGGCCGCGUGGCCGCCCAGCCCUUCGUGCCUCUGUGCUAUGCGGCCAGGCUGUGGGAUCUCAAGUAUGGCGAAAUCUCGACCUUCCAGACUACCGUGUACUUCGUGCGAUUGAAAAAGACGCUUCUGCUGGGCUCAUCCUUGGAGCCGCGCUG